AGAAGAGACGUAUGUGACUGAUAUAAAGGCAGAAGAUAUAGAGGGAGAAGAAGAGACGUAUGUGACUGAUAUAAAGGCAGAAGAUAUAGAGGAAGAAGAAGAGACGUAUGUGACUGAUAUAAAGGCAGAAGAUAUAGAGGGAGAAGAAGAGAUGUAUAUGACUGAUAUAAAGGCAGAAAAUAUAGAGGAAGAAGAAGAGACGUAUGUGAGGGGUGAUCAGCAGUGUAAGGAGGAGGAGAUUCCUACAGAUAUCAGCACAGAUGGACACACAAGCAGGAAUAUCUCAGAAGGACAUCUAAUGUUAUCCCCGGAUUGUGACAUAAGAGAUAAUGACAGUAGACAGGAUUCUCCAGGAGAUAACCCCAUUACCCCAAUUAUAUAUCCAGCUCUAUCAGCUGAUCCCCCUGAUCCUGGGAAAUGUUCUCCUGAUCACUCUGAUAUUGGUGUAUCUGUUACAGCUCUGAGAGUAGAUACAGUGUUUCCGUGUUCUAUAGAUGCCAAAUGUUUUACACAGAACACAAAGCUUAUUACCCAUCAUCCAGCUAAGGCAGGUGAGAGGCCACUGAUAUGUUCUGAGUGUGGGAAAUGUUUUACAAAGAAAUCAGCUCUUGUUACACAUCACCGAAGUCACACAGGUGAGAAGCCGUUUUCCUGUUCUGAGUGUGGGAAAUGUUUUACACAGAAAUCAGCUCUUGUUACACAUCAGAGAAGUCACACAGGUGUGAAGCCGUUUUCCUGUUCUGAGUGUGGGAAAUGUUUUGCAUUGAAAUCAGUUCUUGUUAAACAUCAGAAUAGUCACUCAGGUGAGAAGCCGUUUUCCUGUUAUGAGUGUGGGAAAUGUUUUGCACGGAAAUCACAUCUUGUUAUACAUCAGAGAAGUCACACAGGUGAGAAGCCGUUUUCCUGUUCUGAGUGUGGGAAAUGUUUUGCACGCAACUCAAAUCUUGCUACACAUCAGAGAAGUCACACAGGUGAGAAGCCGUUUUCCUGUUCUGAGUGUGGGAAAUGUUUUGCACGCAACUCAAAUCUUGCUACACAUCAGAGAAAUCACACAGGUGAGAAGCCGUUUUCCUGUUCUGAGUGUGGGAAAUGUUUUGCAUGGAAAUCAGAUCUUGUUACACAUCAGAGAAGUCACACAGGUGAGAAGCCGUUUUCCUGUUCUGAGUGUGGGAAAUGUUUUACAAAGAAAUCAGCUCUUGUUACACAUCAGAGAAGUCACACAGGUGAGAAGCCGUUUUCCUGUUCUGAGUGUGGGAAAUGUUUUACAAAGAAAUCAGCUCUUGUUACACAUCAGAGAAGUCACACAGGUGAGAAGCCGUUUUCCUGUUCUGAGUGUGGGAAAUGUUUUACAAAGAAAUCAGCUCUUGUUACACAUCAGAGAAGUCACACAGGUGAGAAGCCGUUUUCCUGUUCUGAGUGUGGGAAAUGUUUUGCCCGCAACUCAAAUCUUGCUACACAUCAGAGAAAUCACACAGGUGUGAAGCCGUUUUCCUGUUCUGAGUGUGGGAAAUGUUUCGCAUUUAAAUCAGUUCUUGUUAAACAUCAGAGAAGUCACACAGGUGAGAAGCCGUUUUCCUGUUCUGAGUGUGGGAAAUGGUUUACACAGAAAUCAUCUCUUGUUACACAUCAGAGAAGUCACACAGGUGAGAAGCCGUUUUCCUGUUCUGAGUGUGGGAAAUGGUUUACACAGAAAUCAUCUCUUGUUACACAUCAGAGAAGUCACACAGGUGAGAAGCCAUUUUCAUGCUGUGAGAGAAAUAAAUCCGCUCUUGUUGAACACAUUAGACAUUACCCAAGUACGGAACCAUUUAAAUCUUCUGGAGUAUAAUCAUCACUGUCAUGCAAUGUUCCUCAAGGGUGAAUCCUAUCUCCUAUGCUUUAUAAAAUAUACAUGCUAGCACUGGGUGAUAUAAUCAGACGUCAUGGCCUGGUCUACCACUGCUAUGCAGAUGACCUGCUUUUUGCUCCAUGUACUGAGAACCUAAUACCAAUAAAUGGUUGUCUAGCUGAGCGCCAGGGGUGGAUGAUGCCAGUUGGCUGUGACUCAGUCUUUGUGAAACAUAAUAGAAGCUCCCCAAUAAAGGACAAGACUUUACCAACCAUCUGGAUUUAUGCUUUGGUGUUCAGAAUCGCAAAAUACUGAACGUGUGCUGAAUCUUUGUGUUGUCCUAGUAUGUGGCUGACACAGACAUCAGGUAUCUGCCACAUACAAAUCCUCAUUCUUCCAUCUGUGGACCAUAGCCAGAAUCAAACACUUGAUUCCCUCGGAAGUUCAUAGACUACUGCAAUGCCAUCUACCUGGGUCACCCAGCAAAAUAAUUACAGAGCUUGCAGAUAGUACAUAAUGCAGCAGCCAAGCUGUUACCUAACCAGCCCGUUCCUGCCACAUAACACCCAUUCUCUGCUCCCUUCACCGGCUGCCUGUAAGAUGACAAAUCUAUUUCAUAAUUGGCUAACUGACCUUCCCAGCCCAACAUUACAUGGUCCAAGGUGCUAGAAGCAGCUUCUGCCUCCUUACUGCCCUGCUUGCUUGCUUCUACAGAUGAAGGACUGUUACCAGCAGUACCAAGAAUCUCCUGUCAUUCAUUUAAGGGUCAAAUUUUUAACUUUGCAACCCUUACCAUGGAACGUACUGCCUUGCACAGUCCAAGAGACCACCACUCUAGAGAACGUCACAAAUAGACUGAUGACUGCUACUCACGCUUUUCAUUAAUGUACCUCUAUUUACUUCCUAAAUAAUACAUCCUAAAUGCUUAGGUCUUUUUUCUGCUGUUUAUUUUGUGUCUUGUGCUUUGUGUAAAUGUGAAUGUCUAAUACCAGUUUGCACAAUCUGUAUUGCUACACGACAAUAUGGCGGCCAUUGGAACGUGUUUUCACUUCUAGUUUGCCUAACUUGUUGCAGACACUCAUCUUGAUCAGGAGUGCUGAGUGUUUUCUGAUACAAGAUCCUAUCCAUAUAUACCCUGUACAUUACCAUGUGCAUUAGAGUCACCCGGGUUCCAUCUGCGGUGGUUUGUUGUAUGUUACAUCUAUAUGGUGCGGAUACUCCUAUGUAUGAUUUCAUAAUAAAAGCUUUUGUUUGCAUCUAA